AUGUUCGUUCUAUUGAUCUUCCCAUGCAUCUCACUAGUCUUAGCUCAAUAUAAUGGACCCGCUAUGCCGGUUUCCGCUUCAGGAUAUGAGAAAUAUAAUGAAAUUGAAGAAUCUCCUCACAGUUACGGAGCCGUAGACCAAGAUCAAUUAGCGUAUCAAUCGCAGACAGAAGAGAUAGAAGGAAUGAUGGUCGUACCACGACCCAUAGUCCCCGUUCACGACUCUCCGUUGACUGCCAGUGAUUUAGCACAUGAAAUAGUGGAUCGCUUCGGUUGCUCCAAAACUUCUGAAGCUAAAGUAAAGCAAUAUAUCGGGAUAAGUCGGCCUACGUUCAUAGGGAAAGCUAGCUCUGUCGUUCGAAUUCUUCAAAAGCUUUGUAAAGCUCAGAUUUCUGUUUAA